AUGACAUCGGGAGGCUGCUGUCCUUCUGCUGCUGUUCCUGAUUCUUCGUUCUCCUGCGUUGGAGCCAAAUUAUACCAGUCAACUUUCCUGCCUGCGCUGCAGCAUCUCUACUACGGCUUCAAGCGUGGUACCGGGUGUGAGAUCUCGUCAAGCUCCGCUCUCUUGGGUAUCUUUGGGUUGCUGCUUGCUGUGGGUGGUGUCCAUCACACAGCGGCACGAUUGCACCUGUGGCAGCCUCGUGUGCCCUCACCACCACCACCACCCUCUGCUGUCUCACCCGAGGGGGAGAGCUUGCAGUCUGUUUGCUACUACUGGACGCAGUUAAGCGACGUGAUUGUGAAGGCCCCGCGCACAUCAGAAAGGGAAAGGAAGAGACACCUUGAUCUACCCACAGCAGCUGCUGCUGCGGGUGGCCUCGUGCCCGAGGCUGUGCGGAUUCUAUGGGAGGAUGAGGUGCGGUACUCCUUGGAUGAGCGUGAAGUCAUUGCGCUACUGCGCCGCACAGUGAGGUCGGUCAGUAAUGGCGGGGUACCGGAGGAGAGGAAGGAGGAAGUCAUCAUUUCUGCUGCUUCACUGGCGCUGCUAUGGCGUCUGCAACUGGUGCGCUCUGUCCACGAGGCGCUGGUGGUCGCAGGGGAUGUGAACCGCUGCAGCAGCGAUCUUGACGACCUUGAAAUGUGCUCUGCGCUCUUCCACAAGUCGUUCAUUCGCCCACUUCCGCAAGUUACGGCUGCGGCCUUCUUGGCCUGCUGGGCGUGCCUCUCAUCUGAAUUAUUACAACUGCGGUGCCAUCGACGUGCGCUGCAGCUACGUAACACGUGGAGCUUAGCCCGCUACGUGUACACCGGUGGUCCGGAGAAGCUGCUGUCGUCCGUGAUGAUAUGUGUGCUUACUACCGUUGGUGCACGCAGCGCCUGCGCCGGGCUGGCCGUGAGGGAGCGUGUUGGACAACUGCUUCGCACUGCCUCACUCCAGUUGCCGCUGUUUCGCCCCCCGGAGACGUUUGACGGCCUCUGCGGUAGUCGCUUCAGUUCCACGGCGUUGCAAACCACUGCGUAUGCCCUUGGAGGUCUCUUGGCGCUUGAGUGGGCACGCCUUGUUAUCACGGCAGCGGUUGGGCGUGUCACGCGGGACUACAUCCGCAUGUGUGCAUCGCGGCAUCGUGACUCCGUCAAGCGGCGGCUGUACGAGGCGCUGGCCCACACCCCGCUGAGCUUCUUCGACACCCUCGACCCCGACGAUGUGGAGCAGCUCCUGUACUACGCCAACGACCUUGAGGGUGUCGAUGUGCACGUGCACGACUUCAUCGUGCGUGCGGUGCAGGCGGUGACGGCACUCGUGGGCGCAGCAGCGGCACUCGACCGGCAAAGCCGAGUGGUUGUGGUGGCCACGGUGGCUACAACAAAUUUGCUCACCAGCGCCUUGGCGUUCCUGCGCAGGUGCUGCAGCGUGGACACAGCGGACUGGGACGAGAGCUGCAGCAUCUGCGCAGACGACGUGGAGGAGGUGGAGAACGGGUGCACCGCGACGGACGGCAUGAUGCUGCGCGGGAUGGAGAUCAUCGCCCACAUCCGCGAGCUGCGGCCGUAUGGCGCUGACACGACACUCAUGUCUUGGUGGACGGCGCGCACCGCGCGGUACCAGCGGCAGCCUGACGACAUACAACACGUGCUGCGGUUGGUGCUUCGCUCCCGCCGUGUGUGGGCCAUUGACGCUGUCACGUCCCUCACCGAGUGGCUGCUGCCGGCCAUUGUGGCCGCACACGCGGCGGUGACGUGCCAGCAGCACGGGAUCCUCAUGGAGGCCAUCCGCGCGGUGCAGGAUGUCAUACUCACGGCGGCGGACGCGCAACGGGUGUCAGAGGUGGUGCUGAACAACGCAUACAAGGCGAACACACUCGAGCGCAUGCUGGACUCCCGGCACUGGGAAGAUGAGGAGGAGGAGGAAGUGGGGGAAGCAGCAGUGGGAGAGGGGGCGGACGAAUGGCGUGCCGCUGUUGCCGCCGCGACGGCUGCGGAGGUAUGUAACCAUCACCAUGGGCAAGAAGGAGGUGCAGAUGCCGAGGUGUGUGGCAUUCGAGCCCACAGCCUGCAGUUUCAAUACCCAAGCGCCCCAACAGUGAACGCACUCGUCAUACCCGCCACGUUCAGCGUGCAGCUGCAGGAUGAGGUGACGGGUACAGGAAGACUCGUCUGUGUGACGGGGCCGAGCGGGUGCGGGAAGACAACGCUGCUGCACCUUCUACUUGCACUGUAUAAGGCGAAGCCGGGCAGCUUGAUGGUGCAGCUGCGACGGCGACGCCGCACGCAGGUCACAUCCACCGAACACAUACAGCACAACGACAGCAACAGCAACAACGGCAAUGUCGAAGGCGGUGGACAGUGGAUCCCCGUCACGUGCAUUCCCCGGGGAUUCCUCCGUACGACUUUGUUCAGCUACGUGCCGCAGACCGCCACGCUGUUCCCUGGCGCCACCAUCGCACAGAACGUCUCGCUGCAGAGUCACGUCUCCGUCACCCACACAUCGCUCCUGUCGCGGGUGCGGGCAUGCGCGCUGGCUGCGGGCUGCGGCGACUUCAUCAAACGGCUGCCACAGGGACUCCUCACGCCGCUCUCUGUUUCCGGCGGCUGGGGGACGGCCGGUGCGGUGCAGCUGAGCUGCGGACAGGGACAGCGGCUAAUGCUCGCACGCGCCCUCUUCCACGGCGGUGGUGUGCUGCUGAUGGAUGAGCCCACCUCUGGCCUUGACAGCGCGGCGAAGCGGGCGGUGAUGGCGCAGUGGCGCGAGCUGCUGCGCUCGGGGCAGGUGCGCGGUGUGGUGUGCGUCACGCACGACGCGGAGGUGCUGGAGGAGGCGGAUGAGAUUGUGCGGCUGUGA